UCAUAAUCUGGCUUUGAAAUGUUUCUCUUUGGCUUGGGAAGAUCUGUGGAGGAACCUUUGGUCGAAGGACAUAAAGAUGCUUUGACAGGAAGAGCUGAACGCUGAGGAUGUUUGGUUGCAGUCCAAACAAUAACUUUACGAGGCAGACUCGUUCGUAGCGGGACAUUUGGUCAGCAUGCCUUAUCAUGACGAGGAGUACCCAGGUCAGCCUCUGUGGCGGUCGGUGGUGCUCUUUUGCUCCAAGGGGAUGAUCGAGGUCAUCAUGGUCAUCCUCUUCUUCUGGCUUCUGGUUCAGGUGCUCUUCACCAAACAACUGGAAGUAAACCUUCAAAUUCUUCUCCUCGUCGGACUCGUCGCGUUCUGUCUGUCUUUGCUCCUGGGAUGUGUUCUGUGCUGCUGGAGAAGUCGCAUCUGUUGUGACGACAAAGAAACCUUUGACCCCGAUCCAGCGGCCGUGUCGUCGCCCCGGCGGCAAUAUGAGGAGCUGGAUGGAGACACGCUGGACUACCCGUCCACCUUCGCCAGCCCCGCAGCCUUUGAGCCGGGAUUGACUUCCUGGUCGUUCUCUAGUAAAGCGUGUGAUAGGAAGGAGUCUUUUUUCUCCCUUCGCCGCCUCAGCACGCCGCUAUUAACUCCGCCUCUUUAUGAACCCAUGGGCAACAGCCGUGCUUCGUUGCCUUCGUUUCCUAAACUGCUGUCCAAAAGACGACAGACCCUGCAGAGGCGCUGCACUGUGACCGGCGAUAGUUUUUCUUCCGAGCCCACACACUCUCCAUCCACGCCUGAGGAACUCAUCCCAUUGGUGCCGUUAAACCAGGGCUUCAAACCCUCACCAACACGCUGCCUCCGUUUUACGAUGCUUUUCUCCCCAGAGGGUCAAACCCUGACCAUCAGAAUCCUCAGCCUCACAGGCUGGUCACACAGUCUGGAGGAUGCAUCCGUGCUGGGCUGCCUCCCGCCUCUACACCCGUCCUUCACGCACGCCUCCGUCCAUGGCGGCCUCAAGCCAAUCCUGCUAUGGACCGUGAGAUCUGCCGAGGAGCUCCAAAAGUGCACUUUAAAAAUCGCCGUCUACGCGCAGGAUCAACACGGCCGCAGAGGCUCAGUGCUGGGGGAUCUGCAGACUGAAUUUGGAGGUAGAGACUGGGGGACAGGUUGUGAGUUUCACUUCGCUGAAGAGCUUCAGGCAAAUAAAUGGCCUCCAGAAAAGGUUGUCACGACACACACUUGAGGAUGUAACAAUAUGAACCUUCCAGAUCACAGUUAUUAUUAUGUAUUGUUGAACGUGCGUCCUACUCUGUUCAGCGGUCCUUGAACUCACCAUAAAAACACCUCUGUGUUAUAUCCCUUUCUUCUGAGAGAGCACACCCAGCAGGCACAAGACAUUGAUGCAACGUUGAUUAUAUGUACAUGUCCUUUGAAACAACGUAGCAAAAUAGUUGUAUUUGUACAUUGAGACAACGUUGAUGUCUAACGUUGGAUCAACGUUGUUGGUUGGGAAAUUACCUAAUUUCAAUGGUCGAAUCAACGUCACAACCUGACAUUGAAUAAACGUUGUCUAAAAGAAUGUUGUUUCAACAUUGCAUUUUGUGUUGUAUGACAAUGGUUGGGAAAUAACCAAAUCUUAAAUGGUCAAAUCAAGGUCACAACCUGACAUCGAAUAAAGGUAGUCAAAAAGCAUGUUGUUUCAACGUUGUAAUUUGUGUUGUAGAAUAUUGGUUGGGAAAUAACCAAAAUUCAACAUUGAUUAACCGUUGUCAAAAAGCAUGUUGUUUCAACGUUAUAUGUGUGUUGUAAAAAAAAAAAAAGGUUGGGAAAUAACCAAAAUUCAAUGGUCAAAUCAACGUCAGAACCUAACAUUGAUGAAAUGUCAUCAAAAAGCAUGUUUCAACGUUGUAUUUGUGUUGUAAAAUACGGGUUGGGAAAUAACCAAAAUUCAACAUUGAUUAAACGUUGUCAAAAAGCAUGUUGUUUCAACGUUAUAUUUGUGUUGUGAAAAAAAUUGGUUGGGAAAUAACCUAAUUUCAAUGGU